CCUCUUUUCUCUCCAUUUUUUUUUUUAACUUCAUAACAUUUCCACUUCUUCCACUGCAUAAUUACUCUGAGAAAUUCCAUGGCGCAACUCAAGCCCAGAUCUCGCUUCUGAGAAAAUCAAAUUCAUCAUUUUCUUCAUACUCUGCGAGUUCGCAAUUUCAACGAUUGUAAACAAGGGCGCAUAACUCGGAUCGAAGAAAAUGGCGACUCUGCAGAAAUUCAAGCUGUUAGCGACCCAAUGCGCAGUGGCCGGAAGCCCAACGCGGAGCCCGACGACCAGCCCGGUAAUCCACCUCCGUCGCCGGAAGACGCUCCGCAUGCUGCUCAGCCGCGGCGGCAGCGGGCGACGCCUCCCGCGCCGGGAUAAUGGCUCGCCGGAUCAGCUUGACGGCGAUAGCGAUUCGAAAGGGGAGGGGAAGGAGCUGGUGGUUAGCCAUAAGCUGAAGGAUUUGUUCGUGUCUUCUCCGCCGUCCCCCGAUGAAAAGUCGUCCGGAAACAUCGGCGGCGGCGGCGCGUCGUCGUUGCGGCGAAUCGGAAGCCGCUCGCUUCGGCCGCUGUCGGCGACGUUUCGGCAACGAUUGCUCAGGCGAGCUUGGCGGCCAGUGCUCAUGGCCAUACCCGAGUAAUCUACAGUUGUACGGAUAUUUAGAAAAUACAUUUUUAGAUUUUUUUUUGAAAAAAAUUAUUUAAUUACUGCGUAUAUUCCUUCUUUUGCUUUUUUCCACUCGCCGGAAACAUAUAUUCCACCUUUCAAAAUUACUUUUGGAAUAUUAAUAUAUUAUUUAUUUAUAUGCCA